GGGCCCCUUGGUGGGUGACUUCUCAAGGUUGCCUCGUGGUUGCAAGAUGGCAGUUGCAGCUCUAGCCAUUGCAUCCACCUCUCCAGGUAGGAAGGAGGAGGGCAGAGGGGAAGGGCAAAAGGGCACUUGACAUCUCAACCUCCAGGCCCAUUUAAUAAAUUCCAUUUCCAUCUGCACAUCCAUCAUCUUUUACUAGGUAACAAACAACUCCAGCAGCUAACUGGCUAUAACAGCAAUCAUUUAUUUCUCACUCAUGGGUCUGGGUCAGCUGCAAGAUGGGGUUCAGAACUGUUCUCAAGCCUGUCGUUCCAGGACCCAGGAGGGAGAAGCAGCUGCCAGGGGAAGUCUCUUCGUAGGCGGAGGUCAGGAGCCCAAGAGGAGUGAGCAGAGACACAGAGGCCUCUUAAAGCCUUUUCCUCCCCCAACCCGUCAACACAUCUGCUGCCCAAGAACUCCUUUGUGAUUGAAGUUAGCCAGAGUUGAUUUCUGUUGCUUGCAACCCAGGACCUUGAUGCAAUGUGCAGGGUUUGGGCAAGGGAAGAAAAGUCAGAAGACCAGGACCUCCAGGGCCUCAAGGACAAGCCUCUAAAGUUUAAAAAAGUGAAGAAAGAUAAGAAAGAAGACAAAGAGGGCAAGCAUGAGCCUCUGCAGCCAUCAGCCCACCAUUCUGCUGAGCCAGCAGAGGCAGGCAAAGCAGAGACAUCAGAAGGGUCAGGUUCUGCCCCAGCCGUGCCAGAAGCUUCGGCCUCCCCCAAACAGCGACGCUCCAUCAUUCGUGACCGGGGACCCAUGUAUGACGACCCCACCCUGCCUGAAGGUUGGACACGAAAACUUAAGCAAAGGAAAUCUGGCCGCUCUGCUGGGAAGUAUGAUGUAUAUUUGAUCAAUCCCCAGGGAAAAGCCUUUCGCUCUAAAGUGGAGUUGAUUGCGUACUUCGAAAAGGUAGGCGACACAUCCCUGGACCCUAAUGAUUUUGACUUCACGGUAACCGGGAGAGGGAGCCCCUCCCGGCGAGAGCAGAAACCACCUAAGAAGCCCAAAUCUCCCAAAGCUCCAGGAACUGGCAGAGGUCGGGGACGCCCCAAAGGGAGUGGCACCACGAGACCCAAGGCGGCAGCGUCAGAGGGUGUACAGGUGAAAAGGGUCCUGGAGAAAAGUCCUGGGAAGCUCCUCGUCAAGAUGCCUUUUCAAGCUUCACCAGGGGGCAAGGCUGAGGGGGGCGGGGCCACCACAUCUGCCCAGGUCAUGGUGAUCAAACGCCCUGGCAGGAAGCGAAAAGCCGAGGCUGACCCCCAGGCCAUUCCCAAGAAACGAGGCCGAAAGCCGGGGAGUGUGGUGGCGGCCGCUGCUGCCGAGGCCAAGAAGAAAGCUGUGAAGGAGUCUUCCAUCCGGUCUGUGCAGGAGACCGUACUCCCCAUCAAGAAGCGCAAGACCCGGGAGACAGUUAGCAUUGAGGUCAAGGAAGUAGUGAAGCCCCUGCUGGUGUCCACUCUUGGUGAGAAGAGCGGGAAGGGACUGAAGACCUGCAAGAGCCCCGGGCGGAAAAGCAAGGAGAGCAGCCCCAAGGGGCGCAGCAGCAGCAGUGCCUCCUCACCCCCCAAGAAGGAGCACCACCAUCAUCACCACCACGCAGAGUCCCCAAAGGCCCCUGCGCCGCUGCUCCCGCCCCUGCCUCCACCCCUGCCCGAGCCUGAGAGCUCUGAGGACCCCACCAGCCCCCCUGAGCCCCAGGACUUGAGCAGCAGCGUCUGCAAAGAGGAGAAGAUGCCCAGAGGAGGCUCACUGGAGAGUGACGGCUGCCCCAAGGAGCCAGCUAAGACUCAGCCUGCGGUCGCUACUGCCGCCACGGCCGCAGAAAAGUACAAACACCGAGGGGAGGGAGAGCGCAAAGACAUUGUUUCAUCCUCCAUGCCAAGGCCAAACAGAGAGGAGCCUGUGGACAGCCGGACGCCCGUGACCGAGAGAGUUAGCUGACUUUACACAGAGCGGAUUGCAAAGCAAACCAACAAGAAUAAAGGCAGCUGUUGUCUCUUCUCCUUAUGGGUAGGGCUCUGACAAAGCUUCCCGAUUAACUGAAAUAAAAAAUAUUUUUUUUUCUUUCAGUAAA